GAUAAAAACCAUAAAAAAAAAAUUAAUAAUAAGUGAUUGUAUUAUUUGCUUCUGUUUUUUCAUUUUCUCGUUUUUCCUUUUUCUUUCCCACUUCCUCGAUUCUUUUGUUCUCCUUUCUCUUCUUAUCUUUCAUUCUUCUUCUCUCUUCAGCAAACCCUAGCUUUCUCUCCCUUGCCGCCACCGCCUGGUUCUCCGGCGGUCUUCUCCAGCUCCAUCUGAUCCGUCGUUUCUUUCCUCCUUUCAUCUCAUUUUUUCCCUUUCCUUUACUUAGCGAGAUAUUCUUAACUGCCGCCUUCUUUAACCGCCGCCGGUGCCGCCGUUUAUGUUGAUCGGAGGCCACGAAAAGACCGAUUUUCUCCCCCGUUCGCUUCUACUGGUUCCGAUAUUCCAAAAUCGAAACCAAACAAAAACUUUAGGACCCGAAAACCUCUUGAACUUCUCCUGACCUGAUCUCCGCCGUUUACCGUUGAUCCAGCACGAUUCCGAGAUAUGGGGCUGCUCUCGUAGGUGGCUGACUUUCGACCGUCCGGAUCGAUGAACGGAGACCCCAAACGGCUCCGAUGAAUCCUUGGGUGAAAGUAGUUUCUUACUUUUUCUUCUUCUGAUUUCUCUGCUUAUUUUCAGGUUCAAGCUGGGAUUUCGUAAAAAAAGAAGUUUUCCUUUGUUUUUUUAAAAUUAUGGUGGUUGAUUUGCUGAGUUGGGGUUGGAUGGUGGUUCACGAGUGGUGUGGUGGAGCAAGUGCAGGGUCCUGCGGACCAGAUUAUAAAAUUUGCAAAACCAGGGGGGCCUUCUUGGUCAUUUUCCAGAGGGUAUCAAAUGGCUAAGAAAUCAAGCUUGCAUUGAGAAAUUUAGCUAUCGAAAUGUCAGAAGGGACAAGUAUGGUGAUGGAAUCUUCUGAAAAUGGCACUGAUUUAUCUCAAGAUGAUAAUGGAACUAUUGUGGAAAUGCCCGAAGACACGAUAUUGUCGCAACAAACUUCUGUGAAUCUUGUUCCAUUUAUCGGCCAGAGGUUUGUAUCACAGGAUGCUGCUUAUGAAUUUUAUUGCAGUUUUGCCAAACAAUGUGGUUUCUCGAUCAGGCGCCAUCGAACCCGAGGGAAAGAUGGGAUUGGUCGAGGUGUCACGAGAAGGGAUUUUACUUGCCAUCGAGGCGGAUAUCCGCAGAUGAAGUUAUCUGAAGAUGGGAAGAUGCAGAGGAAUCGCAAAUCAUCGCGUUGCGGUUGUCGAGCAUACAUGCGCAUUGUCAAGCGUGCAGAUUUCAAUGUUCCUGAAUGGCGUGUUACUGCCUUUAGCAACAUCCACAACCAUGAACUCUUAAAAGCAAAUGAAGUAUGUCUUCUUCCUGCGUACUGUACCAUUACUCCAGAUGACAAAGCACGGAUUUGCAUGUUUGCAAAAGCUGGAAUGUCAGUGAGACAAAUGUUAAGAUUGAUGGAGCUAGAGAAAGGAGUUAAGUUAGGCUGUUUACCGUUUACAGAAAUAGAUGUGAGGAACCUGCUGCAGUCUUUUAGAAAUGUCAAUCGCGAUAAUGAUCCUAUUGAUCUUAUUGCAAUGUGCAAAAAACUAAAAGAUGAAAAUCCCAACUUUCAAUAUGAUUUCAAAUUAGAUGGCCAUAACAGGCUGGAACAUAUUGCAUGGACUUAUGCUUCAUCUGUUCAGUUAUACGUGUCAUUUGGAGAUGCUGUGAUUUUCGAUACGACGCACCGCCUGGAUGCCUAUGACAUGCUAUUAGGUGUAUGGGUUGGAGUAGACAAUCAUGGAAUGACUACUUUUUUUGGAUGUGUCCUUUUACGAGAUGAAAACAUACAAUCUUUCUCAUGGGGAUUGAAGACAUUUUUGGGCUUCAUGAAAGGAAAGGCUCCACAAACCCUACUAACUGACCAAAAUAUGUGGCUGAAAGAGGCAAUUGCUAUUGAAAUGCCUGAAACGAAGCAUGCUUUUAGUAUUUGCCACAUUAUCUCAAAGUUCUCUGAUUGGUUCUCUGUUUUGCUUGGGUCACGAUAUGAUGACUGGAAAUCUGAUUUUUAUCGGCUUUAUGGUCUGGAGCUGUUAGAAGAAUUUGAAGAAGAAUGGAGAGAAAUGAUUGAUAAAUAUGGACUCCAUGAUAAUAAGCACAUUAUCAGCUUAUAUGCAUUGCGGACAUUUUGGGCUUUGCCAUUCUUGAGGCCUUACUUCUUUGCAGGUUUGACAAGUUUAUGUCAAUCAGAGACCACUACUACUUUCAUCCAACGGAUUUUGAGUGCACAGUCCCUACUAGAUCGUUUUGUAGAACAAGUGGCUGAGGUUGUUGAAUUCAAUGACCGUGGUUCCAAGCAAAAGCAGCCAAGGAAAUCGCAGAAAGUCUGCCUUAAAACAGGCUCACCAAUUGAAUCUCAUGCGGCUACUGUUCUUACACCGUAUGCCUUUGGUAAGCUCCAAGAAGAGCUUUUAUUGGCUCCACAAUAUGCAUCCUUUGUGGUUGAUGAAGGCUGCUUCGAGGUCAAACACCAUACCCAAAUGGAUGGAGGGUGUAAAGUGAUCUGCGUUCUGUGUGAAGAGCAGAUUAGUUGUAGUUGCCAUCAUUUUGAGUUUUCAGGUAUUCUUUGCAGGCAUGUUCUUCGUGUUCUAUCUAGUAAUAACUGUUUCCAUAUUCCAGACCCAUACCUGCCCAGCCGUUGGCGUUUGAAUAGUUCGUCUUCCAUAAACCCAUUAAGCAAUGCAACGAGACAGCACUCCGAAAAGAUUCAGUUGUUAGAGUCCUUGACUUCAGCACUCAUAGCAGAGUCAAUCGAAACAAAGGAACGCCUCGAUGUUGCUUGUGAGCAAACCGCCAUGGUUCUUUCCCGCAUCAAGGACCUUCCUAGGACGACACAAAGUGCAAAUGAUAUCGUAUACAAUUGUCCAUCUGAUUUGAUCUUACCAGAGGUAGAAGAUACAGAUGGAAUUGUUCAAAGCUUCACAAUGGGGACUUCUCAUGAACCUCUCACUUCAGGAAAGCUGAAGGAUAGAAGGCCAAGAGAUGGGAUUGAUAUAACUCGAAAACGAAGACAUUAUUCUGAUUCUUGCUGUGGGCAUUUCGAACAUGAUUCAUCAGAUUGCCCAAUGAUGGAAGGGGACAAUUUGAAUGGAGAUGCAUUAGGAUAUAUUUAAGUUGAAGCAUCAGAAGCCUUUAGUAGGUUUACAAACAACAAAUGCUUGAUGUUAUUGUUAGUUACUCUUCCAAAUUUUAGAUGGAAAAAAAAGAAUCCCAUAAAUCCAAAUAUAAAGAUCUGUCUAGGAUUACAAA